AAGUAACUCGGGAGCAAGUUGCUGGCUGUGUUGAUUGUUGGUUUCGCCCCAUGGAUCUCCGUAUCAAACCACAAGUCCAACGCAAAGCCGGUUUGUCUGGGAGCACAAGACAUGACUUUUCACUAUCAUCUGGUUCUGCGAGCAAACGCAACAGAACCGAUCUGUUCAUAUUCUCAAAGCUUUUCCAACUUUUCUAGUCCUUUCUUUCAACCUCUUUCUUUGAGCUUUCACAACAAUAACAUCACCUUCUCCCUCAAUCGAAUGCAUCGACAUCGACGUCGACAUUAACACCAUGUCGUCUCUCAGCGCCUCCAACUGCCCCAAGGACUCGAUCCCGGCGAAUCUGGCCAUCCCAGAAAACAUCACCUAUGCCGUCAUCCCAGGUCAAAACGCAUCGGACUCUUGGAUAGCCGACUGUUGCGAUCCAUACCCGGUUCAGCUUGUUGAAUCCUGCUGGCUAUGGUGUCAAAUCUCGCCUGGUGUCGGAAUCAAUUCCAAUGCCUCGGACGACACCCUUAAGCACGAAUUCAGGUCCUGCUUGAGAGUCAACGACCGCGAUCCGAACAUCUCCAGCUCAAUCAUGUUCCACUCCAGUGCGCCGAACAGCCAGAGGGCCUCCUUGCUACGCGUUGUCCUGGCGUCACUGGCCACGGUCUCGAUCAUGAGGGGCAUAUCGGCGGCUUAAAAAUGACAUGACCGAGAAU